AUGACGUGCAGGCCAGCAGCCCUAGCUGAUUUCCCUUUCAAAUUGCAACACACUCCCAGUGAUCGCGAGCGCAUCACGCUGACGAGGGAGCUCGACGGAGAGGAAAUUAAGGUCACGCUACUCGGCAACGACCAAAAUCAGAAUGACUGCUCCGAUUCCGAUGAGGAAUCUCCCGCGAGAUCUGCAAUCGAUCUGAUAAUUGAAAUCUCCAAACCAAAUGGAAAAUCAAUGAAAUUUUUUGCCGCUGCUUUUGCUCAUAAAAUUGAGGUCCAGAGAUUAAUAAUGAGAUCCACGAGCCCAAGCUUCAACAGCCAAAUCGCCGCAGAGAAGGGCGGAGACGACAACGAAGAAGACGAAGAUUUUGAAUUAUCACUGGUGCGCAAGGAUUUCAAGGAGUUUUCAGCCGAGGAUUUCGUCUACGACGGCAAGCUCGGCCUGAUCUUUCCGGUGUUCAAUUGCAAUCUCCUGCUGCGCAACGGCGGCGGCGGAGACGAUUAG